CGCGUGAUGUGUGAACUGCCUCUCAGUGCCAAAUACCUCUCUCACUCUUCUUUUCGUUGAUUCCACGUAUUAUCACCAUCUAAAUAGCCUCACUGCAACGGAAUAGUGCUGCUUUGGUGUUUGUGAAAUGCGCUAGGAAUUUUUAUUUACAACAGUUAUUGGAGAUUUUCCUCUGAACUAAGUAGAAAGCGGCGGACAUAGCAGGAGGCAGAGGCGAGCAGGCAGAGGUGCCGAGACCGAGAGUGCUGAAUGAAGCGAAGUAGUUGAAGUAAACGAAAAACAAAUGUGCUAGAUAGAUUAAAUGAAGGAAAAGCAUUUGAAUUAUUAGAAAAAGAGGAAUCCGAUUUGGGUGAUGUGAAGCAAUAGAGGUCCGAAGAAUAAGAGGAGGAGCCUGCCCGUGUCGACCUGUGAGAAUCAGCAAAGACGAGGGUGUCACAGCGGCUGCUAAGCGGGAUGGAAGCUUCUCGCCUCAAGACCUUAAUUUUGCCAUUGGGAGGUGCCCUGCUGCUGUCAGGAGCUGCUGGGGCGAUGUACUAUUACCUCACCAGGAGAGAUGGAGAAGAAUCUGAAGUGGCCCCAGGCAAGAGCAGCAUGUGGACGUCAGUGAAGGUGGAGGUGCCGGUGCAGGCAGUGGGUGUGGUCAUUGGCCGUCAGGGAUCCAACAUCAGGUUGAUCCAGGACAGCACUAAUACCAGGAUCAAGUUUUCUGAUGGAGAAGAGAAUGGCAAACGGAUGUGUGCCAUCCUUGGGCUGCCGGAGAAUGUGAGGCUGGCGCGACAGCUCAUCAUGAAGGCUGUUGAUGAACAACCCGUUGUUGAAGUCUCAGAAGUAAAAGUUCCAAAUAUGGCCAUCAGCCGCAUCAUUGGGAGGAAUGGUGACACAGUGCGCAGCAUUUCUCACUCGACUGGAGUAAAGGUCACAGUUGUAAAGGAAGAAGAUUUCACAACUUCUCCAUCGUCCUCAGAGGAUAUGAGGCGGAUAAUUCUCAAGGGCAGCAAAGAGCAGAUUGAGGCAGCCAAGAUACAGCUUCUGGAGAAGGUGGCUGAGGCAGAAGAAUACAGACAAAAAAUAAGCGAAUCUGCCAGUAAAAUGUCUCUUCGUUUUCGAGGACGCCAAGGAACACAGGACAGCGAAUCUUCCCUGGGUAGCAAUGGCGGUGUUCACCAGGAGGUCCUGUCGUCCUCAAGCACUGACAAGUUCAUUGAGGCGUACGUGUCUGCAGUGAACUCUGCUACUCACUUCUGGCUGCAGGUUGUGAGUCCCCGGGCCAUUGAUCUAGACAAACUGGUGACAGAAAUGACAGAAUAUUACAGUAAUGAGGAAAAUAGAGAACUACAUGAACUGGAAAAGGUCACUGUUGACAGUAUAGUUGCUGCCAAGUUUCCACAUGAUGAUUCAUGGUACAGAGGGAGAGUGUGCAGCUUUUCACAUAAUGAGGAAGACCCACGACAGAAUCAAGUCACUGUGUAUUAUGUUGACUUUGGUGAUACAGAAACCAUUCAAAUGAACACUGUAUGUGAACUACGAACAGAUUUUCUGAAACUUGGUUUUCAAGCCAUCGAGUGUUUCUUGGCAAAUAUCAAUCCUGAGAGCGCCCAGAGUGAGGAGGCUGCUGACAUGUUUGAGGAGCUGACCUACGCCUCCCAGUGGAAGUCUGUCAUGGUGCGAGUGAUAGGCUACCAGCAGCAGGGUAUCACCACCAUUCCUUGUGUUCAGAUUAUUGACACCAAUGGACCAAUGGAUAUUGAUGUGGCCAAGGAGCUGGUGAAGAGAGGGCUGGCCUCUUUUGAUAGAGAUCCUUCAUAGUCCUGAACAAGUUAGAUGUAAUGGAACAGGAUUGCACACCUAAACACACCACUCUUUAAAGUUGUUCCGUUUGUGUGUUCUUGGCUUAGAACAGGAAUAAAUGAUCCAAAAUCUAGCAGUAAAAAAAAAAAAGAAAAGAAAGAAAAAGAAAGCACAGAACUUUCAUCUGUGUAAAGUGUGCUUGUGCUGCAGUGCUGCAUGAAUGUGUGAACUGGCCUUGUGUUUAUUCAUGAUUGAUUGAAGUGUUGUUUUGGUUGAAAACACAACAGCUACACCCCACAUGAUGAGGCCUGGCACUUGAAUGGUUUUACUCACAAGCCUCUGUAGGUAUAGACCAAAGAAGUGUCUGUCAACUAAUGUCCCAAUGGCUAGAGGCUUGUAGGGGACUGUUUAUAAGUGUCAAGGUUUAUGAAAUUUUUUUUCCCUAUUCUCAGAAACCUUAGCCAUCCAUUGUAAAAUAAAGAUUUCUUUUAUGUCAGGCAACUCAAUACUAGACUGGGCUUUACCUGAAUAUGAGCAUAGAUGGUCUGUGUUUAGUGGACUGUUCAGGAUGUAGUGUCACAUUUUACUGUUUUGCAAACCUCAAAACAGCAUUACAUAUGAGAUUGUUUUCAUCAGUGCAGUGAUGAUGUGUAAAGAUUACUGUGAUGAUGUAUAGAUUACUCUUACCUGCAUCCCAUAAAGGCUGUUGAUCAUAAAAAAUUAAUUGUGAUGAAGUGAGGAGUGUUUCAGUGAUGUGGUGUGUAUUAGUUGAAAGAGAUCUCAUGGAUGGUUAAUUGACAAUCACAAGUAUCUGAUGAGGCCUGGCAAUCAGAAAGCUUGCAUGGGUAUGGGUCAAUAUAGUGUUUAUCAUCCAGUGACAUCAUCCCUGUAAAAUUGUAAGUAACUUCCUUGAGUGGCAGCCUCAUCAGAUGAGAUUAUCUGAUUAUGUGUGAUUGUUGGUUGUGUACCAUAUCUAUAUCAAUCAAUACAAUUCAUUUUAGCACUUCCACCAGUCUUCUAUAGGAUGUAAGUAAGGAUGAUCCUCCUUGCAAGUUGUGGGAUACACCCUAUCACUAUCUAAUGGUCAUUUUGACAAAAUGUGCACAGACAGCAAAAUACGAUUCUACAUCUUCUGUAUUCCAUUAAGUGCUGAUCAUUUACAUUAACAUUCUGCCUAGGUAAAGCCCAGUCUGUUGCUGCAUUGCCUGGUUCAAGAAAAUUCUUAUUACAGGGGGACCUCAACUUACAGUGGAAUUCCAUUCUUACGGCACGACAUAAUGCGAUUUUCACCGUGUCGGAACUCAUAAGUACCUAUGUCACUCACCUACACUCUCAGACAGUCUCAAACAAUCUUUUAGGCCUCUCCUGAAUUAACUUAAAGACGCACUGGUAUAUCCCAUUGAUGCUGGUCUUCCGGGGAAAGCACUAAUUAUUCUUUCCAUCUCAGUAGUGAGACCACUAUGCUGCUUUGUAAUCACAGAUGAUUUCAUAGGAGCAGAUUCUUUCACAUGUUCAAUAUUGUGCUUUUUAUUGCUGAUGGUCAAAACAAUUGUGUGACUUAGGCCAAGCAACUUGGCCAAUGUUCAUCAGUGUUUCACCCUUUUCCAAGUGUUUUAUUAUAUCUAAUUUCACUUCCAUGGAGCUGGCUUUCCUUUUCUUCAAAGCACUGCCAUCAGAAGAGUCUGACUUAAGCUUGGGAACCAUAAUGAAGCACAAAAAAUUCCCAAAAAGACUACACAAAUGAAAGACAGUGGAUGUAGUACAAUCCAAUAUGGUGUACAAUUGGCAAAAUGUAAAGAAAGUCAUCUUCCUCAUAUAGCACUUGCGUGACGACAUUCGUAUAUUUAUGGGAGAUGGCAACAUGACCAUGAAGCGUCAUGGGUCGAGGAUGUCAUAAACCAUGGACGCCCUGUACUGUGCUGUGAACAGUGUAGCUGAUUGUUACGAGAAUCCAUACUGCUACCACUACUACAGUAGUGGCCUAGUGAGUUGUCACUAAUUACUCACCUAGCUGGAAUACAUACAAUCCCAGUUUUAGGGUAGUAUUAAAUUUGACAGUGGAGUAGUACAUGCUAGUGGUGUGUGAUAUGUCUUUAGCCCUGCAGCACUUGAUGGCAACCCUCAGCUUGACUUGAAGUGGCUGGGUGAGUGAGGUUAUGUCCUCUGCUCCAGUGUCAACUUCUGACUUACAUGUUGGGCCUCAUUUCAUUUAUUUUUCUUACAAAAAAUUGGUAAAAACAAUCUCUGCCAAACCAGAAAGUAUCUCAUAUUGUAGCUCUUCAUAAAGCAAAUGUUGAUAUAAAUUAAAUUGCUGAUGAUGUAAGCUCUUGUGCCUAAAGUGUUCAGUACUGGAUGAAGAAAUUCAUAGUAGUAGCUGUGACCUGCCUGAACAUGCAUUUUGUGGUCAUGUAACCAAGAAAAUAUCAUUCAAGCCAGUUCAUGUUAACGAAAGUAACCUAGACUCACUGCCAGUAUUCUGAGUUAUCUUGGGUGAUAUUUUCUUGGUUACAUGGCCACAAACUGCAUGUCCAGGCAGGUCAUAGAUACCACCAGGAAUAUUUCAUCCAGCCUUGAAAGCUUUGGACACAAACACAUCAGCAAUUCUGUUUGCACCAGUGUUUGCUUUAUAUAGUGCUAUGAUUUGAGAGGUUUUCUUGCUCAACAGAAGCUUGUUUUUACCUUAUUAUUGUAAGAAAAAUGAGGUCUAACACACGCUAAGUCACAAGUUGGCAUUGGAACAUUGAUGGCACACAUCACUCCCUCAUUUGCCUGAGGUUAAGCUGACGGUUGUCAUCACAUGCUGCAGGGAAGACGAUAGAUGCCACACAUUGCAAACACGUACUAUUCACCUAUCCAAAUUUAUUACCACACAACCAGGGUCACUACUAGGCAACAACUCACUUGGCUGCUACUAUACUACUACUACUACUACUACUACUACAAGUAACAUCAUAGUUACCACCACUAACUAUGCUUAGUCUACCCAUCCUCUCAACCAACCCAAACCAUCUCACCUCAUCAAUACUCUCAAAUUGCAUCCUCUCCCUCAGUUCACCAUCCAAAUCAGUAGUGCACCAAACAUUCAUUUAAUGAUCUUAAUCUCGGUUAUCUUUCACUUGUUAUAACAUUGUCCUCUUUUACUGCUUGGGUUUCACUGCUAACACAACAUCCACACAGGCCACACACACACACACCCCAUUGGAUCCUGAAAUAGAAGAAUCUAAACUUACUAAGUUAUGGAGCAACACAAACAAAUUAUAUAAAUUGUCUUACCUCAAGAUUGAUGACAAAUACAUAUUUUGUUAUUAAAUCAGUAAUUUUGUUU